UGCGCGCAGUCGCUCUUAACGAGGUUUGUUAUGAUCUGCGGUUUGAUGAGUGAGCUGUGCUUACUCUGUGUUUAUGAUGAUAGUCGCCUGCGCAGACUCGGCUUAAGCUGAUGAAGGCAUUGGCUCAGUCUUCUUCUGCCGCCGCCAGACCGAAUUAGCCUAUUACCUCCUCUUCCCGUUGCCCAUGAGCUUGAUUGAAAAUCCCUCGCAGCGUACUUUUGCACUCAUCGUGAUGUUCUCGCCAUCUUCAUCAGCACUGAUCUUUGAGAUUGUCGCUAGGUCGUAUCAUAGGGUUUUCGCAAAUACCCUACACAAAUACGACGUGCGCAAAGGUCUUCAAUCUCGUCUGUCGUGGGAUCCACUCACGAAUCCCCUCAGCAGAUUGCAGAAAAUGAAGUACAAGGUCGACGGAAAUGGACUGACAACAGCAAUUAAAAGGGUUGCCGACGUCGGUGAUUGUCCGUGAUAUGGAAUGCUGCAGCUAAAUGCACCUCCUACAGCAUACUCUAUCUUGUCUGGGGUGUCGCGUCUACAUAUAUUCCAUGUACUAUUCACAUCAGCAAGUCAGGAAAAUACUUCGGAAAGCGGAGCCAAGGCCGACGACUCUGAAAAGGUCGUCCGUCGGGUAUCUGACCGCUCUCACAGUUCAGCAGCUUGGAUACAGUACGUCAACACCAUUCCUCCCUAUAUCCAAGUAAUUGUUCGACUGAAUCAGUUUA